CGCUGGUGAGGACGAAGGGCCCGCCGGGCCCAACUGAGGGCCUUCAUGUGGCCAAGGGGGCCCGGCUGCUGCAUGUGCCGUCUGCCUCUGACUCCAGCCUUGGCUCGGCUGGAACCAUGGAGGCUGCGUGGCACAAGGCGGAUACUUGCGAGGUGUUCAGCCGGGAGGGACAGCCUGGUGCGGCGCCCAUGAAGGUGGUCUUCUCCGGCUACCGGGCCAGCCUUAAGAACAAGGCCGCCGAGGCCCUUGCCCAGCUAGCAACGCUGGAGGAUGCUGACAAGGCGGUUACGGAGCGACGCACCGUCUUGUACAACAAGGUGGUGACUAGUUACCACAAGGCCAAGAUCGAGCGAGCCGGCUUGGCUCGCGAGCUGGAGGCUGUCAAGGCUGAGGCCGCCCGGAUCCCACAGCUGGAGUCGGACCUCCGGGUUGCCCGCGCUCAAUGCGCCACAAGUGAGGAGGCGAACCGGGCUGCUGCCGCCAAGCUGAAGGUGGCUGACGGGGAGCUGAAACGGCUGCGCCUUCUUGAGGCUAACCAUCUCAAGGAACUUGCCGCCCUCAAGAAGGAGCAGGAGGAAAAGCUGGAGGGUCUGAGCAAGCGGUUGGAGGAGGUGGAGCGGCAACGGCUUUCGCUUCAGCAGGAGGUGACCACCAAGUCCAACGAGCUGUCGGCCACCGCCAAGCGGUGGUUGGGGGAACUUAGCGCGCUCGACCGCGGCUUGGCGGCGGCCUUCCCUGAGGCGCAGGAGGAGGCGUUAGCGGCAGUUGGCAGGGCGCGGGAGGAUCACCGGCAGGCCACUGGGGAGCAGAGCUCCGACUGCUUCACCAUGGACGACUAUCUGGCGUCCAUCGCCGCCCGCGUGGAGCCGGUCACCAAGCUUGGCUGGGAGCUGCGGAAGGCGGCGGAGGAGCUGAUCCGACUGCUGUGGCCGACGGAGACGCUGCCGGAAGAUCUCUCCAAUCUCAUCGCUUGGCUGGAGAGGGCUCCCGACCGCUUCUUGGACUGGAAGGAGUCGGCCACGCGCGCCGGAGCCGAUAUGGCGCUAUCUUUUGUGCUUUCCUGGUAUAACGAGGUUAGCCUCGACCAGCUGGAGUGCCGGCGCGCCGGCGUGGAGGACAAGCUCCCGGCGGAGAACAAGGCUGCUCGGCUUGCCCGCGCCUGCGCCAUUGCCGACUUCGUCGACAAGUCCGUCUUCAUCGCGGACCCGAAUCCGCCGUCUGACGACGAGGAGGAGGAGGCUGAGGACGAAGAGGCGGACGACGUGCCCGAGGAUGACCCGGCAGCCGGCUCCGCUGAUGCCCCUCCGGCUUAGAUUUCCUGCU